ACCGCCCCCGGGACCGCUUUCCAGAAAGCCCGGGAGCGCGCGCGCGCCCGCGUGCCGGGGGCGUGGCAGUAAACAGCAACAACCCACACGCCAGCUCCGCCAGAAACUCCGAAUCUCCUUUCCCAGCCGGAAAGUGCUACUCGGCCGAGCCUGGAGGGAUCCAGCUGGAGCCUGGCCUGGGAGCCAGGAUGGCUUCCCACAAAGCUUUGCUGAUGCGUAUGGGACUGCCUGUCUUCUUCUUCCCGGGGGCCUGGGCCCAGAACCAUGCCCCGCCUGGCUGCAGCCCAGACCUGGACCCCCUGUACUACAACCUGUGUGACCGCACUGGGGCUUGGGGCAUCGUCCUGGAGGCUGUGGCCGGGGCGGGCGUCAUCACCUCAUUCGCACUCACCAUCAUCCUCGUGGCCAGCCUCCCCUUCGUGCAGGACACCAAGAAGCGGAGCCUCCUGGGGACCCAAGUGUUCUUCCUGCUGGGCACCCUGGGCCUCUUCUGCCUGGUGUUUGCCUGCGUGGUGAAGCCGGACUUCUCGACCUGCGCCUCUCGGCGCUUCCUCUUCGGGGUCCUCUUUGCCAUUUGCUUCUCUUGUCUGGUGGCCCACGUCUUUGCCCUCAACUUCCUCUCCCGGAAGAACCACGGGCCCCGGGGCUGGGUGAUCUUCACGGUGGCUGUGCUGCUAACCCUCGUGGAGGUCAUCAUCAACACGGAGUGGCUGAUUAUCACCCUGCUACGGGGAGGUGGCCAAGCCGGCGCUCUGGGCAAUGGCAGCGCUGGCUGGACUGUGACCUCACCCUGCGCCAUCGCCAACAUGGAUUUUGUCAUGGCCCUCAUCUACGUGAUGUUACUGUUGCUGGGCGCCUUCCUGGGCGCCUGGCCCACGCUGUGCGGCCGCUUUAAGCGCUGGCGGAAACACGGGGUGUUUGUAUUGCUCACCACGGCCACCUCCAUCGCCAUCUGGGUGGCGUGGAUUGUCAUGUAUACCUACGGCAAUAGGCAGCGACACAGCCCCACCUGGGACGACCCCACGCUGGCCAUCGCCCUUGCUGCCAACGCCUGGGCUUUUGUCCUCUUCUAUGUCAUCCCCGAGGUCUCCCAUGUGACGAAGCCCAGCCCAGAGCAGAGCUACCAGGGGGACAUGUACCCUACCCGGGGCGUGGGCUAUGAAACCAUCCUGAAAGAGCAGACGGGCCAGAGCAUGUUCGUGGAGAACAAGGCGUUUUCCAUGGAUGAACCAGCCUCGGCUAAGAGACCUGUGUCGCCUUACAGUGGGUACAAUGGGCAGCUGAUGACCAGUAUGUACCAGCCCACAGAGAUGACCUUAAUGCAUAAAGGACCGUCUGAAGGCGCUUACGACGUCAUCCUCCCACGGGCCACCGCCAACAGCCAGGUGAUGGGCAGUGCCAACUCGACCCUACGAGCCGAAGAUAUGUAUGUGGCCCAGAGCCACCAGGCAGCCACAACGCCGAGAGAUGGCAAGAACUCUCAGGCUCAGUCCCCGCAAAAUAAAAUGAGAUGGUAAUCGCCCUCUUCCUUGGAGCACACGUCAUCUCGAUGGCCUCAUGACUCUGGGCCCAGCACCUUUUCUGCCCUUGUUCUUAGAGCUGGGAGGGACCAGAGGCCACCCAUCUGAAGGAGUGGACUGAGUGGCGACCCUGGGAAAGGCCUGAGGCAUGUGACUGGGGCUUAUAAGGCCACUUGCCCUCUUGCCCAGUCUGACCUCCUGGUCCCCAACUGACUUUGUUUAUAGGGAGCUGGCUACAGGCUCUUAUCUUGACACCUCCCCUUGUCACAGCCCCCGUGUCCCCAUGUGGUUCUCCGGGUGGCCAUCAUCCUGCCAUGAACAUCAGGCCUCAGCUGUCCCUGUCUUGACACUGAACCUCUUUGGCCAUGGUGGCCUCUCACCAACUUGUCCCACCCUGCGCCUGAGGGUCCUCGGGACAUCUUUGGAGGCAAGCUGUGGAGAUGUUGUGCCUUAUCCUUCCCCCAGGGACUUCUUCCACCUCACGGACCGUGGAAGGCCACUGGCUAUGGGCAGAGCUCUCCUGGACAGGCUAUUCCUCUGUGUGGCCUAAGGGUCCUGAGUCCCAGCCUCUUGCACUUGACCUUGACCAGCCUUGGUGAACGGAGUCCCUGCCUGUGCUGUUCCCAGCCGCCCCUCGCCAUCUGCAGUGACCACGACACUUUGGGACUUUCUCAUUGUCCGGCACUGUCACUGGACAAAGGCCACAGAAGAGUUGGGACAUUGGCGGGCUGCAGCCACACGGAGGGCUUGGCACCCAUUGUGUACCUCUGUUCCCUCCCCACCCCCACCCCACCGCCUCUUCUCUCUGUCUGCCUGCGGGUUUUCUGUCAGUUUGCAGGGACAGGUACGGAUAUAGAUGUCGGAUGACCCAGCUGCCACAGAGCAGGUGGUUAGGGCCUAGAAACUUCUUUAAGAACCAGAGGGGGUGGUGAUUAGGGCUGCAUUCUUGGGGGACAGGUGAAAAGUCUGCCCUGCGUCAGGGUAGAAGGACAUGGGGAGGACCCUUAGAGGUAGGUGAGUGGCGUCCGGGACGGAAGGACUGGGGAAAUGGCCAAGUGUCAACCUCAACCUGGGCAGCAGACGUUCUCAGGACCCCUGAGUGCGCCAGGCUGCUGGCAUCACUGGAAGAGCCUUUAGUGUUCCUGGGCUUGAGAACAUGCACCCGAGGGUCCUGGUGGCCGCCUGGGGCGGAGGGGGUCCUACCCAGGCCGGCACGCUGCUGGCACCAAGGACAGAGAUGAACAUGGCACCAGACUCGUGAGCCUGGAAGUCCACAGCAUCGUCCAUCGGCCUGUCCUUAGGGACCAGACGGAGUUGAUCAUCCAAGUGUGCCCCGGGGCCAGGCCCUCAGCCCAGCAUCAUGGGGUACCCACGUGGAGGGUGAGGAUGACCUUCCCAGAAAGGCACCCUGUGGUCAGCCUGCAGCUCUCUUAACACCACCCUCUUGUGCCUAGCAGCCUGUGCCUUUGGUCACUGAGUGAAAAAUCCUUAUAAAGUAGGGCUAGUCCCCUAACCCAUGUGCCUCUUUGCACCUUUUUUCCCUUCUAUUGUUAUUUAUUUAUUUGAGAGAGAGAGAGAGAAUGGGCACCCCAGCGCCUUCAGCCACUGCAAAAAAACUCCAAACCCAUGUGCCCCCUUUGUGCAUCUGGCUUUCGUGGGUUCUGGGGAACUGAACCUGGGUCCUUCGGCUUUGCAGGCAAGCGCCUUAACCACUAAGCCAUCUCUCCAGCCUCACCUUUACCACUCCAGUGACUAAGGUUGCUCAAUGGGUAGAGUAAUAUUUCCCCCCAGGAGAGCAGGGCAGGCUGCUCUUGAUCUAGGCUAACAGGCCUGGUCACCUGCACCGUGAGCAAGGGGCUGGCCCGCUGCCCUGGGUAACAAGCUCUGAGGCGUGCAGCUUGGGAGCAUCAAGCGCCUGUAGCCUGAGUCCUCCAGAGCUUGCAGGCGAGGCGCAGGAGAGAUGGGCCCCUGGAAGAUGCAGGCCUACCUGGGUACAGGAGUGCCCCGUGGCCAUCUGGGCCUUUCAGUCCUGGGUCCAGUGGAAAAGGUCGAUGCAUGUUAGGGGGGAAGAGUGGCCUCCUGGUUGGUGGAGCUGCACCGCACAGAAGCUUUAAGUAGGAGAAAGUUACUAGGCCAGAGCUGUGUGUGUGUGUGUGUGUGUGUGUGUGUGUGUGUGGUCUCAUUCUAGCCCAGGCUGGCCUGGAUCUCACUCUAUAGUCCCAGGCUGGCCUCAAGCUCCCAGCAAUCUUCCUCCCACUACCUCUUGAGUGCUGAGAUUAAAAGCGGGCGCCCUCACGCCCGGCUCUAGAA